AUGGAAAGAACAAAUUUAGAACAUCUUCAGGUACCGGUAAAAGUAGCACGAGAGAUUGGUAUCCGAUUUCCGAACUUGCCGGGUUUUUCAUCCAAUAUGGUUCGUCGUGAAGCACAACUGACGCCAUCCAAUCUGGCAGCUACUGGACCUGCUGGAACAGCAGUCACUACAACUGCAGCUGCUGUGACAAUAUCCGCGGCCGCCUCAGUAUCUGUUGUUUCAUCGUCUUCUUCGGUAUCACCAACAACCACAGCUGCACUAACUUAG